AUGGGGAACCUGCCAUCAGGGAUGGAGCAAACUACCCCGUCAUCGACGGCCCGUCCGCGUCAAGGGUCGCAAGGUCGGCUUCGAUCGAGUCGGACCUGCGCCUUGUGGAUGACGGUGGUGGCGAUGCUCGUCGCGCUCGUGUCCGCGGCCGACAGCAACUCGCCGAAGCUCGCCCACACGCUCUUCAACAAUCUGCCCGCCCGAAUAUUCUACUUUGACGAUACACCGGUACGUUCCUACCUGUCUAGGAGCUUCCUUCAUCACCCCACGCUCGACCCACGAUCAUGCACCAUCCACGAGUGCGGAAGAGCGAGCUCAGGUGGCGCGCCGUGCAGCGCGGCGACAUUGUCGCUUCGGCAGUGAAGCUCCGAGUGACUGAGCUCAGUGGCGCAGUCGUCGUUCGUUGAGGGCCCCUCGCUCGCCCAAAUGAGCGGCACCCCGCUGGGAACAGUGGAGCCAGUUCGAUCUCGGACACGCGACAGGACCGGCGCUCGAGCUCGGGCAAGACCCGAUUCGGCGAGUCGCUUGCGUCAGUUCACGCGUGAACGCACCCACCCCGACACGUCUUCGGCACGGUUAUGAGUUCACAAAACGGAAGCUGGCAAUCGGUUCAGAACACUAUUACUGGCGUGCUUGCUCCGGGUCGACUCUGAAGGGUGCUCUCGCUGCAGGCCCAAACUCGCCGAGUUGCCGUGUCUUCGUCGACCCGCUGUCGUGUUGCUGACAUCUCCGUCUUCCCCUUGUGCUUCGUCUGUGGCCUGGGCCCGAAUGCUGGACUGCGCUACCGUUCGCCCGCACCCGCAGGUCGUCAUCUACCACGAUCAAAUCGGAAAGAACGUCUGGAGAUCCAGUGAUGAAGGGAAAAAGUGGGAUAUCAUAUCGGGCGUGCCUCUUGGUCAGGCAAUGUUGGUCAUCGAUCACCCGUACGACAGCCAUAUCGUGAGUUGAUUCAGAGUCUCGUCGCUUCAGGAAGUACGAAUAGGAUUGCCCUGACCUCGAAUUUGCAGGCUUUCAUCCUCACCUCCACCACAACGCAUUAUCGGACUAUGAACCGAGGCGAGAGUUGGCAAAGUUUCACCACUGCGCUACCGCCGUCGCUGAGUGCGAACACCCUCAGCUUCCAUGCCACAAGAUGGGAGUGGAUUCUCUACACUGGUCAAAACUGUCAGGACUUAGGGGGAUGGCGAGGACGCAUCUGCCACGACGAGGUACGCGCCCCUCAACGCCCGAUGGCUCAGAUACCCACGGUUGUCAUCAGCCCAGCUGAAGCAGUGCAGUUUGACUUGCCAGACAUUCUAUACCCAGGAUGCCUUCGCCUCGGCACCUCAUCUGCUGCUCAAAUACACCUCCCGCUGCAUUUUUGCGCACGACAAGAAAGAAUAUCCGAAGGGCGUUCUUGACGAGCUUGUCUACUGCGUCGCGUUCGAGCCGCCGUCCGAUCAAAGCCCCAAAGGUACACUUGCGGCUCUCCUGGGCGGCUCACGUACGCUCCGCGAGUCGAGGCUCUACUCGUCGACUGACUUUUUCCAAACCGACCGUACCUUCGUCGAUCUCGGCAUUGGGAAGGAGGCUCGAGGGGUGGUCGGCAUCGGUGGCGUUCAGAAGUAUCUCGUCUGCGCGCUCAAGCCCUCAGCGGACAGCGAUGGCUCGGGCGGCGAGAUGGUUCUUUACGUGACGGAAAAUGGCGACCAGUGGUCACGCGCUCUUUUCCCCCAUGGACACGGCCUGAAAGAGAAUGCCUACACGAUCGUAGAAUCCACCACACAUUCGAUCCUGGUUGAUGUCAACUCGAACCCCCUCAGUAGCUCGGGCACGCUGUUCACCAGCAAUUCGAAUGGUACUCUCUUCGUGCGUAGCCUCGAACACACAAAUCGGAACAAGAUGGGGAUCGUGGACUUCGAGAAGCUGGUCAGUGUUGAAGGUGUCGCCAUCGUGAAUACCGUCAGCAAUCCCCAAGGGGUCGAGGCCGGAGAAGAAAAAUCGCUCAAGACGCGCAUCACAUUUGACGAUGGUGAGCCUGCACAUAGUCGUCGUGCUACGCCGAGAUGGUCGGACAGUAGUUAGCGACUGAUUGGCUUUCCUCCGACGAUGAUCCCGUGUCAGGGGCGCGAUGGAGUCUCUUGAAGGCGCCUUCAACGGACAACGAAGGCAAGAAAGUUAAAUGCGAUACCAGCGACCUCGAGACCUGCUCUUUGCAUUUGCAUUCUGUCACGCAGCCGCACAAUUACGGCCGGGUCUUCUCAUCUACUGCACCAGGACUCGUCAUGGGCGUGGGCUCUAUCGGUGCCCGCCUAUUGCCCUACGAUGAAUGUGACACAUUCCUCAGCACAGACGCAGGCCUGACGUGGAGAAUGGUCGACGACGGGGCCAACAAGUACGAGUUUGGGGACCAAGGCUCGAUCAUCAUCAUGGUUGAGGAUGAAGAAGCGACGGAUAGCCUCAAAUACUCGUUCGAUUUUGGCAGGACAUGGUCGGUGACGGCCGCAGUGCGAGGGAUCUAAUUUGCCGCCGGUCUCUAGCCCGCUGACACGUCCUGGGAUUGUGCAAACCCCCCCUUCUUUCUCUUCCGUCCUUCCUUGCUUUCCUUCCUCUUCGGUAUACCAGGAAGGAAGUCGAUCUCGGUGUCAAAGUGCGCGCAAGGCUUCUCACAACUGCUCCCGAUUCGACAACCCUCUCGUUCAUUCUGCUGGGCACAUUGACUCGGCGGUCCAAAGACAAAGGCGACGAUGGUCAACGCCAUAUCGUCAUUCACAUCGACUUUCAGCCGAUGGACAAGCGCACUUGCACUUCAAAAGAUAUGGAAAGGUGGUAUGCCAGAACCCUGGGGGGUGAACCAGAUUGUCUGAUGGGGCACAAGGUGCGUUUCUGCCCCUUCACCAGGCAGUCUGCUAGAUGACCACUGAUCCCGUUCACCGAGCAGCAAUGGUUCAUGCGUCGUAAGGCGGAUGCUGACUGCGUGGUCGCGAAGAAAUUCGAGGACCCAGUGGGUGUGGAAGAGAACUGCCCUUGCGCUGAUGAGGAUUACGAGUGGUGAGCUACCUGCCUCCCCACCCUGACAAAACCUUCCGUAUAUGGCACUGACUUAUAUGACACACUGUAAAGCGACUACAACUUCGCCCCUGACGGCCAAGAAUGCAUUGCGGUUGGCCCUGAACCGAUUCCUACAGGGUCUUGUCUACGGGAAAACGACAAGUUUCUCGGUUCGUCUGGAUACCGUCUCAUCCCCGGUGACACCUGUGAUGUUGCACGAGGUAUCAAAAAGGACGCACCGGUGGAGAAGUCUUGCAGCGCGGGUCAAGCGACUCCAGGCCUCGUGACCCACCAGUCCGUACGUUGGCUCGUUGUCCUGCUGUCUUGACCUUUUGGUUCGGCCCGUGGGCUAACUCUUACUCGAUUUCAGUUCACUUUUCCGGGCUAUGUGAUCGAUCAAGCCUACUUUGGCGACUCGCAUGUAAUUAUCGGAGCGGCUCGAGUGCAGGACACUGGCGCUGUCAUCUCCACGUACAAACUAACGUCUAUGGGCUGGUAAAUUUGCAGACGAUCCUUGCGUUCACCGACAAGAACCGAGUGUGGGAGUCCCAAAACGAAGGCUUUUCGUGGAGGCAGGCGUCCGAAGGCAAGCACUUCGUCGCGAUGACGAUGCAUGCGUAUGCAAAAGACCGGGCCUAUCUCAUCACCGACACACGAACGGUGUAUUACACCUCGGAUCGGGGAAUUACUUGGAACACAUUUACCGCGCCGACCGACCCCAACGGUCUGGGGAUACCCCUGCUCGAUUUUCAUCCGCUGCGCAGCGACUGGCUCAUCUGGACUGGCCAGCAAUCGUGCACGGAUCCUGAUUCGACGUCUUGCAGAAUAAUCGCGCACUACACGAAGAAUAAUGGUCGGAGCUGGGACAAGAUAGACGAAUAUGUGCGAGUAUGUUCCUGGGGUCGCGAUAAAAGGUUGCACAUUGACGAGAAGAUCAUCUUCUGCGAGUCAUAUCGUGACAAGACGGGCCCUCAACGCGCAGCCUACAAUCGCAACAAUCCUCUCCAGCUUAUCUCCGGAGAGAAUUUCUACACGAAUCGCAAGGUCGUGUUCCCUUCAGUCGUGGGCUUCGCGACUUUCGAGCAAUACAUGGUUGUGGCGGAGGUAAGCGAAGACGAUCGAGGAUCUCUUCGCCGAUCGAUCACGUGUGAUCAUCAGCUGAUCCGUCGACGUAUCUACAGUUGGCAGAGUCGACAAGGUCAAUUGGGCUCAUGAUUUCUCUCAACAGUAAGGAUUUUGCGCUCGCUCGCUUCCCGCCUGCUUUGCAUCUGGAGAAUCAAGUGAGCCUUGUCCUAAAAAAGCUUCAGGGAGCCCCGGGGAAUUUGAAGUGCUGGACGAUGCUGACCAAGCUACCUUGCCGCUCAGGCAUACACUGUACUCGAGUCGACGACGGACUCCGUCUUUCUUCAUGUGACAACACACGCCGACGUCGGAUCCGAGUGGGGCACUCUGUUUAAGUCCAACUCGAAUGGAACGUACUACUCGCCGUCCCUUGAGUUCGUGAACCGCAACUCCAAGGGGUUCGUUGACUUCGAGAAGAUGAUCGGGCUGGACGGCAUCGCAGUCGUAAACAUUGUCAGCAACCCGAAUGAAGCCGCGCUCAGUGGCAAGAAGUCACUUCAGAGCAGAAUCACGCACAACGAUGGUAGGUACUGGCUGAGUCACCGCCUAUCGCUUCUUCUUCGCUGCGCAAGAAGACCCUUACUGACUCAGAUUUACCAGGUGGCCGAUGGAAGCCUCUCAUUCCGCCCACCGUUGACGCGCUGGGUAGAUCGUACGAGUGUAGUACCGCUGUGAGUCUAGUCGACGCCAUGCACAUGCCUUACGACUCGGGAGCUUGUACGCUUGGCUGACCAUAUAAUAUGUCAUAUCCCGUCACAGAGCUGUGCUCUUCACGUACACGGCUACACGGAGCGCAAAGAUCCCCGUGCGACCUACUCUUCGCCAUCGGCAACCGGUCUUAUGCUCGCGGUCGGGAAUGUCGGGCAAUCCCUUGCUGCCUAUUCGGACUCGGAUACGUUUCUUACGCGUGAUGGAGGUUUUACGUGGGAGGAGGUUCGGAAAGACGCGCACGUGUGGGAAUUUGGAGAUCAAGGAUCGAUCUUAGUGCUCGCCAACGACGAAGACCCCACGGACCACGUUGCCUACACGCUCAAUGAAGGGAUCUCCUGGCAAGAGUACAACUUCGGCGAAAAAGUGCGCAUACGCUCGAUCGUAACGGUUCCAAUGGACACAAGUCGGAAAUUCAUCUUGUUCGGCAUCAAGCCCAAUGCGCCGGACUCGUCAGUGGCCAUCCACCUCGAUUUCUCAUCCGUGACGAAUGUCAAAUGUAUGUCCCACGGCCUUAGGCCUCACAUGAUGUAGUCUGGCACGUUUUACUGACGUCUACGCUCCCGCCACGCAGGUAAACUCGAUCUCGCAAACCCCAACUCUGAUGACUUUGAGCUUUGGAGCCCCAGUGAGUCCCGGGACGAGCAGUGUCUCUUUGGCAAGCAGGUAAGUCUUCGACUUGGUGCGCAGUUUUCUCGGUGCUCCGCCUGUUCCAGUACGAUGCGCAUGUUAAGAUCAGAGUAUGUAUUUUCGCUCUAACAGACAAGGUACUAUCGCCGCAUUCGUGAUCGAAACUGCUUCAUCGGCGAGCGCCUACCUCAACCUCACAAGAUUGAACGGUACUGCCCUUGCACAGAGCAAGACUUUGAGUGGUGCGUCAUCGAUUUAUGUUUUUUUGUUUUUAAACCGUGCCUUAUUUCCUUGCCUUCUGGCCAUUCCAUAGCGAGUUCAACUACAAGCGUGAUUCGAACGGCGUCUGCCAGCUCGUCGACGGAGCUGCACCUCUCCCCUCCGACAGUACAUGCGCGUGGAAUCAGGAUUUCUGGCAUGAGCGGACGAACAUGCGCAGGAUCCCCCACUCCGAGUGCCAAGGCGGUAUGUCACUGGAUCGUGGGGCAGCGCAUGUAUGUCCCGGUCGCUCGACGCGCGGUUUCUUCUUUUGGGCCACCUUGAGCGUGGUGCCAUUCCUGUUUGCCGGUCUUACCGCACUCUGGUGGACAAGACGACGCGGUGGUCACGGGGGACGGAUCAGACUUCCGGUAAGGCGCCCUGGACUACGUUCGGUAGUGUUGGCGCAAACUUACCGCCCCCCAUUUCCGCGUUGAAAGGAACCCGGAGAUGGAAGCAACUCCCAGUUGGUCGAUUUGCUUUUGUCUGUCCCGUGAGUAUCUUAUGCUCGACUUGCUGCCGAGAUAAGCUGCUGACAAUCCACGCAACAAUCUACGCACUGCAAAAUGGUUGGGUGGCUUGCGCAGGUGGGCCAUUGUCGGGAUCGUAGCGGCUACUGCCAGCCGAGUCAGGGAGAUGGAUAUUCCCGUCAGUGAUGGUUUUCUCCCUUCCCUAGCCCUGGCCGAGCCCCUUGCUGACCCUACGAUUAUCUGCGGCGUUUCAGUUCAUCAGCAAUCGCCUUCGAAGGCGGGAUCGCUCCGGCUAUCGACUUCACAUCGAUGAUGAUGCGGAAGUCUUGAUGGACUAUGGUGUGUCUUGGAGGCGUCUGCUCAUGGCUGGUUGCCGCAACGCUGACUCUAAUCACCGCGUCUCAGAUGAAGAUGAAUAA